AUGAAGAGCAUCAAGUGUGUAGUGGUGGGUGAUGGGGCAGUGGGCAAGACGUGCCUGCUCAUUUGCUACACAACUAACGCUUCCCUCAAGGAGUACAUUCCCACAGUGUUCGACAGUUACAGUGCCCAGAGUGCAGUUGAUGGGCGCACAGUGAACCUGAACCUGUGGGACAUGGCAGGCCAGGAGGAGUAUGACCGCCUCCGCACACUCUCCUACCCUCAGACCAACGUCUUUGUCAUCUGUUUCUCCAUUCCCAGUCCGCCCUCCUAUGAGAACGUGCGGCACAAGUGGCAUCCAGAGGUGUGCCACCACUGCCCCGAAGUGCCUAUCUUCCUGGUGGGCACCAAGAAGGACGUGAGAGUGCAGCCUGACACCCUGCGGCGCCUCAAGGAGCAGGGCCAGCCGCCCAUCACACUGCAGCAGGGCCAGGCACUGGCCAAGCAGAUCCACGCCGUGCGCUACCUCGAGUGCUCUGCCCUGCAGCAGGAUGGCGUCGAGAGGUGUUUGCCGAGGCUGUUCAGGUUGUGCUCAACCCCAUGCCUAUAA